GAGUAUUCGAUAGAAGACACAAGUUUCUCUCGGCUUUGGUCAAUGAUAUCCCGAGAGAGACCUGCAUGGCCCGUGUAUAUGGCAUGACUGAGCACAACAGGCUUUUUUCAAGCCUUUUGUGCUCAGUCAUGUUUGAACGACGCCCAGUAUGACAAUACCGACUGUGGUAAUUAGGAAACUAUUCUGAAAUCGAGGAGAUACGUAUCUGUAUGUAAUACAUGUGAACAUACUAACCUAACUACUAAAUCAUUGAUAGGUGCAGCAAAUUACAAACAGAAAAUAGAUUUAAGUAUUUCAUUAUUUAUUACACAAUUUUAGCUUAAUCAGAUAUCGUAUAGUUUUUUACAGAAUUUCAACUAAAAAAACAAAUACUUACAUAGUUACAUACCAACUAAACGACAAACAAAUCUUAUUAAGUAAAACCUUACAAUAAUAAUAAAAUGUUGAAAACAUACCGUGAUGUAAUCUCUUGUCAUACACAAAAGGCUCAUACAAAUAUAAAUAUUAUAAAAAAAAAUACUUACCUAUUAUAGAUCAUGGGAUAGUCUACAUAAUAUGAUAUAUUUUUCUCGUUUUAUUUAUGCAUUACGUAACGUACAAUAAUCAACCAUAUUCAUAAUAUUAUAGUAUCAAUUUCUAUGUAAAAGUAUAAAUGCUUGCAAUUAAUAAAACAAUACGUGUCUCGCACUAACUCUUGUCAACUGUCUGUGCGAUCAUCAACAGGUUAUAACCAGUUUCACCACGUACGCAACAAGAACAAGUGGCUAGUGGAACACUUGUCCCGGAUCAUUGUAGAAGUACUACCAUUUAGCGUGAUUGUAUGAAGCUUAGUCUCUGUACCUUUUCUUACUCAUGUGGCGAUAUAGUCGGUAAAAUACUAUUUUCAGUUUAAGUAUUUGUAAGCAUUUUGCAUAUACUUCUUUUAUUCUCAAGUAUAACUUUAUAGCACGUUUAUUUGUAAGGCCGUUCAUUACCAACAGAGUAUCUUUGUGAGUCAACUUACCUUUCUAUUUCUUAAGUAUUAAAUCUUAGUAGUCUGUGGCGAACCUGUUGAUUUCACUGUAAUUAUCUGUUUAUGAUUUUUUUAUGCUAGGUUUACAUAAAUUUUAUUGGUUUUUAUUUAUGAACCACUUAGAAACUAAUAAGCUCAAAAUGACUUACCUUAAUUCUAUAAAUUGGAGCCAUUGAAAAAAUCAACUUUUAAUUAAGGAAAAUUUUUAUUUGGUUGAAAAUGGACAAGUUUAAUGAGGAAAUUGAAGAACAGGAGCUACCAGGUAAUCUUAGAAUUACUACACUAUUACAUGUUGCCUUACAUACACUAUAGCUUAAUUUUAUACCAUUACUGUGUUAAGUAUAGCUACUUUGGAUCUACAGAUUUGGUUUGUCAUUAAAUAUCAAUAUUAUUUUACUAUUAUUAUGUGUUUAAACUGAAAAAGUAUUUGAAAGUUUGUGAAAUUGUGUGUGCUAAGAAUAUGUUAAUGUACCUUCAUGCCAUUUUAAGAUGAUUUUAGACAUGAUAAUAUAGUUCUCUUUGGCUAAUAUAAGUCUUUGUAAGAUGUUUAAAUUAAGUAAUUACUUCAUUUUUUAUUGCUUAAACCUAUUCCAUUUUUUUCAUAUAGGUUAAUUAUUUGAAUUAGUACUUUUAACAUUAAUGAAAUAUCUAAAAUAGCUAAAAUCCCAUCUUCCCAUCUGUCUAGGUACCAAUUCGUAGUAGUAUGACAAACCAUAUAGCCCAGUGGUUAGUGAACCUGCCCACCGACCUGGAGGUCUCACAUUAAAUAUGUUCAUCAUAAGGGGUGCAGCUAUCACAGUAUCUGCCAUGUCAAUUAUACACAUGGCGGAGACCCUGGGCACGGGGAGUGUGUAAGCAAAAAUCAAUAAUUACUUCUGCUUACUGAAAAAAAGGCAAUGAGAGUGUAUAUUUACUUUGUAUUGUUUGUAAAAAUUUUGGAAAAAGUGACAGAUAGAUAAUUAUGAUGAAUAAAUAUUUCUUUUAAUUUUAUACAAGCAUUUAUUUUCCUUUUUGAGAUAUCUUUACCCUUUAUAAGGGCUCUAAGCAAAUUUUUAUAUGGGACCCCGCCAAGGCAUGUUUUCUUGAGCCCAUAGUACAGGAUGUAUAUUAAUAAAACAAAUAAAAAUAUCCUUUAUUUCUUUCGAAGACAGCUACAAAUUAACAAAGCUUGUAUAUAAUUAAAUAUCUAGAGUAUGAAAAGAUGCAUCUUUUGUAGCUUGAGGAUAUAAUGUCCCUGACUUCAAAGUGCCUAUUGACAAAGGCCUCCUCCCAUUCUCUCCAAUACUUCUGGUCCAGAGCUAUCCUGGUCCAAUAUGGGCGUAAUAUCUGGUGUAUUCUGUCCUCCGAUCUUUUUGGGGGCCAUCUUCUAUGCCAUUUGCCUUAACUUGGGUACCAGAGAGUAAGUAACAUGCUUGGACCAUUUUUCCAGGUUGCAGCAUAGCAAAUAUGCCGUCCAUCUCCAUUUUUGCUGAUUGAUUCAGGUUAGGAUUUGGCUUAGCUUGUUUUUGUCUGAUGGCUGUGUUAUGGACUCUGCCCUUAGUUUUUAUUCCCGAAAAUACUCCUUUCCAUUGCCUGUUGACUGUUGCACGUGUCUCUCUUUGUUUUUGUGUGACAGCUCAGGUUUCGCAGCCAUAAGUUAAGUAUGUUAGUAGGAUGCACCUUGAAAUAUAUAUUAAUAAUUUAUACAUUAUUAUGAUUGAUUAUUACACUAAGCAUUUAUAACUAUUCAAAUUAUAAACUAUUAAAUAUUAUAAAUAACUAAUAAUAAUUAUUCAUAACUUAUAACUAUAGUUCGAAGUGUAACAUCUAUUAAAGUGUAAACAGCAUUCACAAAACAAAAACAACAACAAGUUAGUAGAAACAAAAUAUAUUGAAAAUAAAAAAAACAUUAAGCUAGUUAUCAGUUUUUUUAGUUCACUUAUAAACUGGGAUCAUUUAUUAUAUCGGAAGAUAUUGAUAGUGCUAUUAUUAGCUUGCAGUUUGUUAUAUGAUCGUUCCAUUCUGUUGAGGGGUGAAUUUAAACCUAGGUUCGUUCUACUGUGUGAUAGAUAGAAGGAGUUAUGAAUGGGUUGGAUUUGGAUUAUUAAUAUUUGAUGAAAGGAUUUGACAUUUUAAAUUUCCAUUAAUAAUUUUGUGUAAUGUAAUUUAAUAAUAAUCUGAAAGGUGUUUCAUCAGGAUGUGUAAGAGUAUAAUUUCAAUUAUUUAAUUACUAGUGACAAUCUGCUUGUCCCUCACAUGAAUGCAGUCCUAAUUCUUUUUUUUACAAAUAAAAGCACAUGACUUACUUUCUUGCGCUGCUUCUUUUCAGAGUGCCAUUUGUUUCUGAAGCCGUAGUAGUGUCCAGUAUAUUAAAAAUGUCAUUUAAAAGAAUUCUAAAGGAAUCAAUUUUGAGAAAAUAAAUGCCUUGCCAAUGUAAAGUAACCAAUUUGGUUAAAAUGGCUAUGGUUGGUAUGUACUUACGUACUUGUGAACAAACCUCAUUCUCAAUGUUGGAAGUGUUUGGCUAGAUAAUGGGUACCACAAUGGUGCCUAUUUCUGCCGUGAAGCAGUACUGUGUAAACAUUCUUGUUUUGAUCUGAAGGGCGCCAUAGCUAGUGAAAUUACUGGGCAAAUGAGACUUAAAAUCUAAUGUAACAAGGUGACAAGCGCAAUUGUAGUUCCACUCUGAAUAUUUGGGGUUAUUCAAGAAUCCUUAUUGCCCACAUCGCUUAUUGUCAUAAAGAAAAAUUCUUUGGAAAAAAUAUUUUCAGGCCGGGCUGCAGAACAGUCAGGCUUGACUGUACCAUCAUACAACAAUGUAUCUGUCUACCAGCUCUGUAGUAAAGAACUCAGAGUGAAUUUAGUGCGACUGGAAGACAUUGGUGAUGAAUUUGAUGGUAAGAGUGUGUUUAUUAUAGAUUUGUAUUACAUUUAAACUGACACAUUGGGACACAAUCAUAUACUUAUACAAUACACAUACCCACACUCAAAAAUACAGAGGUUGAUACAUUUACAAAAAGUUUCGAUUACAUCUGCAUUGUAGUAGAUAUUAGAUUGUCCUCUCUUUAUUUUGUAUCCCAUAAACACGUUACGGAGAUGGGGAUGGCAGAAAACCAGCCCUGCAUAAAAUUAUUAUUUCAAGCAGCAACUGAGCGUACUCCCCUAUGUCUUAAUGAAUGUUUUUGUAAUAAGUUGAUUUUGUAUAUUUAAAUUUGCUUUAAGGCAAUAAGUUUAAUAUUUAAAUAUUUAUGUAAAGUGUUCACUUGUUGUUAGGUGAUGACAUCGCUGACAAUCAUUGUUUGGGACCGGUUUUAAAUCAAACUGUUAUUAACUGGCAUAAUUUGAUUUAUCUCUUAUUUCUCUCUCUCUUCUUUCUCCUUCUCGCGUCGUAUUCUUCAUUAUUUGUUAUUCCUGCCACCCCUAUUCCUGCAGAAAUCUUUGCAACCUCCUCUCCUUUCUAAAGACUUCCAGAUGUGUGUUUGGAGUACCAAGAUAUUGAGCCCGGUAAGUUGCUACACCUCGACGAUGCAGAAGUACGUGUGCAGCAGUUUCUUCUGCCAUCAUGCAGGCCCGGCACAAGGUCUGUCAGCUAUGCCCAUAUUAAAUAAAUGUUUAUUAUAAGGAUAACGACACAUACAAUAAUAUUAUGUUCUAAUUAUAGUUAUUCAUUUCACAGUUAACACGAAAAAGUUAAGAACUUCCACAGAAGAAAAUAAAAUGUUACAAGAAAACAAAAUUAAUAAUGAGGGAAUAAAAAUAGCUGGUGACAAUAGUGUACAAUACAAUGAUAUAACAUGUUUCAAAAGAAAUGUGAUGAAAGAAAAACAUAAAAUUAAUGGGUUUGUGCUUUCCGAAAACUUAAACGAAAAAAAAUCAACCUGUAAAAUAAAAGGUUGCGAUAAGCUUUUCCAACCGGAAAAAAUGAAACAAUCUCUAGACCAGUCAUUUAUCGUUAACGAUUAUCGAAAUUCGAAAACACACAAUAGAAAACACACCGAUGAAAAUCUGUAUGUAUGUAAUAUUUGUCACAAAUUUUACAGUAGUAAGGAUGCUUUGAGAAAACAUCAUAAAUUACAUUUGAAUGCCAAGCCAUAUUCUUGUUACUUAUGUGGGAAGACUUUCAAUACUUUAUGUAAUAUGAAGACUCAUUAUAAAUCACAUACGGAUGAAAAGCCAUAUUUUUGUGUUGUUUGCGAUAAGCGUUUCAAGCGUUCUGCUGAAUUGUCAAGACAUAUUAAAGUACAUACCGGGAAAAAACCCCAUUUGUGUAACAUAUGUGGUAAAACAUUUAUUCAAUUAGAUGUACUAAAGUAUCAUCAUUCACGCCAUACUGGAGAUAAAGCAUACACGUGUAAAAUCUGUGAAAAAAGUUUCCAAAGUUCAUUCCAUUUCAAGAGGCAUUCUAGAAUACAUACAGGUGAAAAAGCGCAUUCAUGUAAAGUUUGUGGCAAACGUUUCAAUAGAUCUGAUAAAUUGAAUGAACAUAUUAGAAUACAUACACUGGAAAAGCCGUAUUCAUGUACAAUUUGUAGUUGGCGUUUUAUAACAUCUAGUGGCUUAAAGAGACAUAGUAAAACACAUACAGGCGAAAAACCGUCUUCAUGUAAUAUAUGCAAUAAGAGUUUCAGCAAUUCUACUAAUAUGAAGAUACAUAAAAGAAUGCAUAGUACGAUAGAUAAUAUUAUUAUUAUUUAAUACACUUGCAGAUCACAGAUCGGAUAAGUGCAUGUCACUGCACUUUUGUUUAGGUAAAUUCUUUCAGAUAACAUGAUUAUCAAUUAUAUUUUUUAAGCUGUUAAUUGAUGAUGCUCUUAUUUCUGGCAGAUUCUGUUUCCCAUAUCCCUCCACUUGUGCAGGGCAGUGAAGCCAGUAGCAGAUGUCACUAAAAUUAAAAUUUUUUGCGCACAUAAAUUUUUCGUAAAACAUUAUCUUGUGAGCCGUUUGAGUUUAUAAUCUUCACGAACUAGAACAAGUAAAUAAGUUAAUUCCGUUCUCCUAUCUCUUCAUAGUCUCAGAACCCUUCUGUGGUGCCGGGGACUCACUAAUUCGUAGAUUAUUAAGGAAUGAAAAAGGGCGCUAGUCAUUGGACCUACCAAUCCUCAAAUUAAGCUACUCCUGGGCAACUAUCAUAAAUGUAAAUCCUUGCAGACUUCCCCUCUGGCCAUUGUGAGCUAGAUUGGCACCUCGCCAAAAAUGGUCUCAGAGCAUCGAGCCUAAGUUUCUGCUCUGAAGCAACUGUACCCAGUCUGUGUUAUUAAUAAACGUGGAGGAAAGUAAUUCCAAGUUUAAAACUUUUUUAUUCUUUGCCCAUGUACUGUACCAAACCAGCAUUAGUCUGUAGUUUAACACAUAGAGCGUGUUAAAACUUUUAGUCUUUUUUUAAUGCAACAGUUGUGUAAACAACGCACCACACCGAAGGUCGAUAACCACAGUUGUUGUGUAUCAGCACCCAUUUUUUUUUUCGAUUAAAAGGUGUAAUUUAUUUUGUAUUUUUAUAUUUUAUUUUUUUGUAGCCAUAGUAUAAGUUCUAUUUUCCAAAAGUAAUUAGGGAGAAUUUUUAUGUUCACUAUAAUUGUCCUAUACUUUAAGACAACUAUUGUAACAUAAGAUUAAGAAAAUUGUAUUGCAUCUCUUCGCGAUCCGAUCCCUCUCAGCUUUAAAUUGGUGAGCGAUUUUCGCGCCUGAAUUUUACGCGCGCUAAAGUGUAUCUAUGCGUCUUUUAAGUAUAGCAGAAUGCUUAUUGUUAGGAUUAUAUCAAUGAAUGUAUCUGAAAGCUAUCGAAACAAGCUAUAAGACCAUAAAUUAUUCAUAGUGCAUUUAAUUUUACACAUACGACACAAAGUUGAAAAACCGUUAUAUUUUAGAAUAAAUGAGUAUUUUCAAUGAAAAAAAUUGGUUUUAUUUAUAAGUGUUUAUGGUCUUUCUAAUACAAAACUAAAAUAUACAAGUAUAUAAGUCUUAAUAGCGAUAAUUUGAGAUAUUCAUUCCGAAAGCCUAAGAAGAAUCCCUUGACCUUGAUCGACCUUGCAGUGCGAGAAUGUUUGUAUUUGUUUUAAAAUGUAACUGUGUUAUAUUUGGACAAUAUAGCUACUGAAAUAUAUAUUGCUAUAGUUUUUCAAGUAAAGUAAAAAGAUUUCAAUAUAUUCCAAAAUAAACAAAUCAUAAAAAACAGACAAAGGAAACGACGCUUCAAAUUCCUUAUUAAAUUUGAAUGGACGCUCUUUCAAGUCAAAUUUAUAGUAACAAAAAUUAUAUAUCAAACUAGUUUAGUGUGUGUUUGUAGUGUAGGGACGAUAUUGAAGAUAGCCAUUAUCUUCAAAAAGUGCCUUUUUUCGGUCAAUGUGUGGAUAGAAUUAUUUUAAACUAGCUGACCCGACAGACGUUGUUCUGUAUAUAAUAAAUAAAAUAAUGUUUUUUAUGAAAUUGUUCCACAGCAACUGUCAAACCGUGCGUCAAUAAAUUAUCUCAUAGAAAUUA